CAUGUGUCUAAUUUUACGUAUAUGUUGUGUGGGCAGCGCUGUUCAUCACAAACAUGAAUGAGAAGAAUAAGGAAGAUUCGUUCGUGAGACAAAAGAUGAAGGACUUCUGGGAGUCACAUGAACCAUCGUUAGAGUCCAUGCUACUCUGCCAUGACACGAUUCCCCUGGCCAAUGACGACCGGAAGGAGAUCCUCUCCUACCUCCCCAACUACCAAGGCAAGAAGGUCCUAGAGCUGGGAGCUGGAAUAGGGAGGUUCACCUGUAAGCUGGCAUCAGUGGCAAGCCACGUGACUGCUGUAGACUUCAAUCAGACUUACAUCACUGAGAACCACAAGCACAACCAUCACCUAGGCAACGUCACCUUCACCUGUGCUGACGUUACCGAACUAGACUUGCCUACAGCAUCGUUUGAUUUGGUGUUCAGCAACUGGCUCUUUAUGUACCUGAGUGACAAUGAGUGUGCUCAAGUGCUCAGCAAGAUCCUCUCUUGGCUCACUCCUGAUGGAUACCUCUUCUUCAGAGAGUCCUGCUAUAAAAUUUCAGGUAACAUGGUGUUCACUGAGAACCCGUCACUGCUCCGCUCUCCACUGCACUACUAUGACAUGUUGCGAGAUGCAUCUAGCAACAACUUUGGCUUCAAGAUCAUUAGGAGCAGCAACACCCUGGCUUAUAUUAAAUAUAAUAGCAACCCCAACCAGCUGUGUUUCCUGAGUAAGCUUGUGCAGAGAAAUGAAUCAGAUGACAGGACUCGCUACCUUGAGUCCCAUUAUGCUGUGGACACUAUAAAGUCCAUGGACAGAAUAUAUGGGUACAACUGGUACUCAACCGGAGGAGAACAUACCACCAGGGACUUCUGUGCUCGUCUUGGGCUGCUGCCAGGACAGAAGGUGUUGGAUGUGGGCUGUGGUACGGGUGGAUCAGCCACCUUCAUGGCUAGGCACUACGGUGUCCACGUCCACGGAGUCGACCUAUCCACCAACAUGAUCCACGUGGCCAUUGAGAGACUAGGGAGGCUAGAAGCACAAGUCAUAAAGAGGAUUCAGUUUGAGGUGAGUGACAUCUUGGAGGCUGAGCGUGAGAAGGACUCUUACGACUUAAUAUACAGUCGGGACUGUAUUCUUUACAUCACUGACAAACAACAGGUCUUCAGGAAGCUAUACGACUGGUUGCGUCCUGGAGGGACACUCUUCGUCACAGACUUCUGCAGGACUAACUCUCACCCUCCGAACUCCUUCCUUCAUUAUGCCAGCAAUGUCAAAUAUUACUGUCUAGAAACAGCAGCGUCGUACGUGGAGGCGAUGACAGAGGCUGGCUUUGAGGACGUCAAAGCUGAGGAUCUGCAACAAGAGUUUAUCAAGAUUCUUGAGAGCGAACUGAAAGCCUUCGUCGCCACCCGCCAGGCCUUCCUCAGAGAGCAUUCACAGCAGCAGUUUGACGAUAUCUUCAAGAGCUGGACUGAUAAGAUUCGGUGGACGCGAGAGGGAGAACUGACGUGGACAGCCUUCACCGCACACAAGACCUCGGCAAGAUUAAAUUAACAGCCUUCACCGCACACAAGACCUCGGCAAGAUUAAACUAACAGCCUUCACCGCACACAAGACCUCGGCAAGAUUAAACUAACAGCCUUCACCGCACACAAGACCUCGGCAAGAUUAAACUAACAGCCUUCACCGCACACAAGACCUCGGCAAGAUUAAACUAACAGCCUUCACCGCACACAAGACCUCGGCAAGAUUAAACUAACAGCCUUCACCGCACACAAGACCUCGGCAAGAUUAAACUAACAGCCUUCACCGCACACAAGACCUCGGCAAGAUUAAACUAACAGCCUUCACCGCACACAAGACCUCGGCAAGAUUAAACUAACAGCCUUCACCGCACACAAGACCUCGGCAAGAUUAAACUAACAGCCUUCACCGCACACAAGACCUCGGCAAGAUUAAACUAACAGCCUUCACCGCACACAAGACCUCGGCAAGAUUAAACUAACAGCCUUCACCGCACACAAGACCUCGGCAAGAUUAAACUAACAGCCUUCACCGCACACAAGACCUCGGCAAGAUUAAACUAACAGCCUUCACCGCACACAAGACCUCGGCAAGAUUAAACUAACAGCCUUCACCGCACACAAGACCUCGGCAAGAUUAAACUAACAGCCUUCACCGCACACAAGACCUCGGCAAGAUUAAACUAACAGCCUUCACCGCACACAAGACCUCGGCAAGAUUAAACUAACAGCCUUCACCGCACACAAGACCUCGGCAAGAUUAAACUAACAGCCUUCACCGCACACAAGACCUCGGCAAGAUUAAACUAACAGCCUUCACCGCACACAAGACCUCGGCAAGAUUAAACUAACAGCCUUCACCGCACACAAGACCUCGGCAAGAUUAAACUAACAGCCUUCACCGCACACAAGACCUUGGUCAGGCUUCACCGCACGCAAGAAAUUGGCCAGGCUUCACCGAACGCAAGAAAUUGGCCAGCCUCAACCGCACACAAGACCUUGACCAGCCUCCACCGCACACAAAACCUUGGCCAGCAUCCACCGCACGCAAGACCUUGGCCAGUCUUCACCGCACACAAGACCUUGGCCAGCCUUCACCGCACACAAGACCUUGGCCAGUCUUCACCGCACACAAGACCUUGGCCAGUCUUCAGCACACAAGACCUUGGCCAGCCUUCACCGCACGCAAGACCUUGGCCAGUCUUCACUGCACACAAGACCUUGACCAGCCUUCACUGCACACAAGACCUUGGCCAGCCUUCACCGCACACAAGACCUUGGCCAACCUUCACCACACGCAACAAAUUGGCCAGCCUCCACCGCACACAAGACCUUGGCCAGCCUCCACUGCACGCAAGACCUUGGCCAGCCUUCACCGCACGCAAGAAAUUGGCCAGCCUCCACCGCACACAAGACCUUGACCAGCCUCCACCGCACACAAGACUUUGGCCAGCCUUCACCGCACACAAAACCUUGGCCAGCAUCCACCGCACGCAAGACCUUGGCCAGUCUUCACCGCACACAAGACCUUGGCCAGCCUUCACCGCACACAAAACCUUGACCAGUCUUCACCGCACACAAGACCUUGGCCAGUCUUCAGCACACAAGACCUUGGCCAGCCUUCACCAGGCACAAGACCUUGGCCAGCCUUCACCGCACACAAGACCUUGGCCAGCCUUCACCGCACACAAGACCUUGGCCAGCCUUCACCGCACACAAGACCUUGGCCAGUCUUCACCGCACACGAGACCUUGGCCAGCCUUCACCGCACACAAGACCUUGGCCAGCCUUCACCGCACACAAGACCUUGGCCAGCCUUCACCGCACACAAGACCUUGGCCAGCAUCCACCGCACACAAGACCUUGGCCAGCAUCCAUCGCACACAAGACCUUGGCCAGCCUUCACCGCACACAAGACCUUGGCCAGCCUUCACCGCACACAAGACCUUGACCAGCCUCCACAGCACACAAGACCUUGGCCAGCCUUCACCGCACAUCUCAGUAGUAGUAACCAGUUACCAGUAACCAGUGUACCGUUGACUCAACGACCAACCGUCUUUGCCUGAGUCACUAUCUGAACUCAUAUUGCGCUGACCUGGCAUUAUUCAAAGACCCUCUAUGGGUACGUGGGCGGCCAGCCAGUCAGUCAGUGUUAGGAGUGUGAGCAAGGAGGCAGGCCACGGCUGUAAGGGCGCAACCCACCUUAUCUGUAAUUAUACGUACAACCAGCCUACGUGAGUAUUUCUUACCUAAUCCAUGUGUCGAACUCCCACAUGAUAAAUGGUGGCAGCGGUGGGAUUGAACUCUUGGAUAGUCAAGGUCCAUCUAGCUAACCUUCCAGUAGGUUAUAAUGUUUAAUUGUUGUGUACUUUGACAUUGUAUAGAAUCAGCCCAAGCCGUAUACCUGCCAUCUCUAGUUUGUAUUAGUUGUAUGUCGGGACGACAUACGUUAGCGUCGCCGAGCUCUCAGUAGUAGUAACCAGUUACCAGUAACCAGUGUACCGUUGACUCAACGACCAACCAUCUUUGCCUGAGUCACUAUCUGAACUCAUAUUGCGCUGACCUGGCAUUAUUCAAAGACCCUCUAUGGGUACGUGGGCGGCCAGCCAGUCAGUCAGUGUUAGGAGUGUGAGCAAGGAGGCAGGCCACGGCUGUAAGGGCGCAACCCACCUUAUCUGUAAUUAUACGUACAACCAGCC